GACGCCUAUUUUGGAUGUUAUAAUAAACAGAAAUGAUUUUAAACAGCGAUAUUUUUCUUUUUUCAAAGAUUCAGCGAAAAUUUUGCUUUUCCUAUUUUUACCCAACAUUAACAUUGCGUACUGUUUUCCUCAACGUUUUUCAAUUGACUUUAACCAUCCGCCUUUUAUAACGAGUUCGAUGCCCUGUGACCAGCCGGUAGAAAUACUACUAGUUUAGCAUUCUUGAAUUUCUGUGCAUAAUUAAUCAUUCUUUCAGGAUGUCAGGAGUUUUUUUUUUUUUUUUUUUUCAUUUCUCGUUUAAUAGCCAUUGCAACUGAUACAGAGUAGAUGAGUGCGUGGAUGGAUUUCGGUAAAGGAAAUAGUCUUAUUUUAAACUUAUGUUCAUAAGUAAACAAUUCCUUUUUUGAGAAUGCCAAAUCAAUAUGGUAAAACUGGUUACUGCACAGUUGAGAUUUCAAAAUCCAGCAGUGGAAAAAAGGUAUCAUAUGCUGCAAGCAUUGGCUCUGCCAUUUUGUAUGGCAUCUGCUCAACCUCAAUGGCCUUUACAAAUAAAGCUGUCAUCACUAGCUUCAACUUUGAUUUUCCAUUUUUCAUUAUGGCCUGCCAGAUGAUGAUCUGUAUGACAUUUCUUGAAGUAUUACGGAUCCUCAACAUCAUAAAUGUACCAAAAUACUCUUUCCAAACAGGCAAGUCAUUUGCUUGGCCCUCUUUCUUUUAUGCUCUGCAUUCCAUCACGGCUCUGCAUGCUCUGGGCGGCAUGUCUGUCCCGAUGUAUGCUGCAGUGAAAAGAUGUGCUCCCAUUGUCACACUUGCUCUCUCGGUGAUCAUGAUGAAGAAGGAAACACCCAAAUUCAGAGUUGUUUUCGCUGUUGUCUUCAUAUCUGUUGGAUGUAUACUUGCAAGUAUUGGUGAUUUGAAGUUUGACAUUCAAGCAUAUGGAUAUGGUGCUAUAAGUGUUUUAGUGCAAGGGUUGUAUUUGACUUUAUCUGAAAAAUGCUUGGAAAAUUUGUCUACACUACAUGUUUUAUACAUAAAUAGCUUUAAUACUAUACCAUUUUUUGUGAUCAUGAGCUUUGUUUUAGAAGCACAAGAGAUCACCAUUGCAGAGAAGUUUUCAGAUUGUGCAUUCCUGUUGUGUUUUGGAAUACAGACAUGCAUGGGAGCAUUGCUAAAUUAUUCUUUAUUUUUAUGUACUGCAAAAAAUUCAGCAGUAACUACUAGUCUUGUGGGAGUUCUCAAAAGUGUUUUGCAGACUUUAAUAGGCUUAUUCACUUUUGGAGGUGUAGAAUUAAAUGUGAUGACCAUAUUUGGAUUGAGCCUCAACUUAUUUGGUGGAAUUUUAUAUUCAUACUCAAAGUACAUUGAAAAAUAUUCUGUAUCAUAUUCUAACAUUAAACCUAUAUAAUGUUUUUAUAUUGAAUUUUUGUUAUAGUCUUUGGU